CUUAGCGAACCCAAAUUGAACGCUCGGCAAAGGAAAACAUUUGUGUUUUGUGUGUUUUGUUUUUAACCUUGAAAGGGACAUAAAACUGCUCAUUUCAUUUGGAAUUGUCCACGCCGAGGCAAAAAUCAAACAGCGCGUAAAGAGGAGGCGUCUCUGAGCGGCCGGCAUCAUGGAUCAGGACUAUGAGUGCAGGCUGCUCAGACAGAUCAAUAUCCAAAAUGAAAACGCAAGCCCUAUAAAAGCUGUAGAAGCGAUGCGAUCUCUGACACCCACCAGCUCCCCCCUGUCCUCCCCUAGCAAGCACGGCGACCGCUUCAUCCCCUCCCGGGCUGGAGCCAACUGGAGUGUUAACUUCCACCGCAUUAAUGAAAUUGAAAAGUCGCACAAUCAGAACAGGAAAACCAAAGAUGGUACCACCGACAGCAACAAAGCGGAUGGUCUGGCUUAUUCGGCUCUGCUGAAGAAUGAGCUGCUGGGAGCGGGCAUUGAGAAAGUCCAGGAUCCCCAGUCCGAAGACCGUCGUUUGCAACCAUCUACUCCUGCCAAGAGGAGCCUUUUUAGUUAUUCUGUAAGUGCUAAGAGGGCUCUGUCAGAAGAGGACGGAAACACCGUCUCGCCAUAUUCUCUGUCGCCUGUCAGUAGCAAUAGCCAGAAACUGCUACGGUCGCCAAGAAAACCUACACGCAAGAUUUCCAAAAUACCUUUUAAAGUUCUGGAUGCUCCAGAGCUUCAAGAUGACUUCUACCUCAAUUUAGUAGACUGGUCCUCGCUUAAUGUUCUCAGUGUGGGACUGGGUACUUGUGUAUACCUGUGGAGUGCCUGUACCAGCCAGGUGACACGUCUUUGUGACCUUUCUGUAGAAGGAGACUCUGUGACAUCAGUGGGCUGGUCAGAAAGAGGUAACCUGGUAGCAGUAGGCACUCAUAAAGGCUACGUUCAGAUUUGGGAUGCAGCAGCAGGAAAAAAACUCUCUGUCCUGGAGGGACACACAGCCAGAGUGGGUGCUUUGGCAUGGAAUGCGGACCAGCUGUCGUCUGGCAGCCGCGAUCGGGUGAUCCUGCAACGGGACAUCAGGGCCCCGCCUCUCCAGUCAGAGCGCCGUCUCCAAGGGCACAGGCAGGAAGUCUGCGGGCUCAAGUGGAGCACGGACCACCAGCUACUGGCCUCAGGUGGAAAUGACAACAAGUUACUCGUGUGGAACCACUCGAGCGUCGUCCCAGUCCAGCAGUACACAGAGCACUUGGCUGCAGUGAAGGCCAUCGCCUGGUCUCCUCACCAGCACGGCCUGCUGGCCUCUGGGGGCGGCACCGCCGACCGCUGCAUCCGCUUCUGGAACACUCUGACCGCCCAGCCCCUGCAGUGCACCGACACCGGGUCUCAGGUCUGCAACCUGGCCUGGUCCAAGCACACUAACGAACUGGUCAGCACACACGGUUAUUCCCAGAACCAGAUCCUGGUGUGGAAGUAUCCCUCUCUAACUCAAGUGGCCAAGCUUACAGGACAUUCCUACAGAGUCCUCUACCUGGCCAUGUCACCUGACGGAGAGGCCAUCGUGACGGGGGCUGGAGAUGAAACACUUAGGUUCUGGAACGUCUUCAGUAAGAUGAGGUCCACUAAGGAAUCAGUCUCGGUGCUGAACCUCUUCACCAGGAUCCGGUAGUCUGUACUCGGAAGGAAUAAAGAGGGGAAGGGAAUUAGUCUUUGCAUGCAUCAAGUUGUAAAUGGGCCCCUUUUGAUUAUUCACAUCAAUAGUGGCUGGAAUUGCCCUUAGUUUAUUUAGCCAGGCUGUAGCUGGAUCUGGAGAGGUGGCAGAGGGCAGAGGAGACACAUACAGACACAUACAGACACAUGCAGUAUUCCACUUCCUCCUGAACGGUGGAGCCCCCGCCUCCUCCGACUAAACCGUGACCGGGGAGAAUUUUGAUGCAGCGUGAAACAGGUUUUGUUUACAAAGUGAUGUUGUGCAUACCUGCCAAAUAUUGAGUUCGUCCUUUUGACUGUCUAUUUAUUUUAUUUUGUGUUUGUUUUUUUUUUUAAUCUUUUUUUUUUUUUUUUUUUAAACAUAUAUUCUUACUAGUUUGUUUGUUUUCAAAAGGCCGGUAAAUUUAUGUGUGUAACAGCAGCUUCUGGUCUGACCUGUGGAAUACGUUUGUUCAUGUUUGCAGAAAAUAAUCCGUGCUUUUUGUAUUUUCCCGAGGGGCAAUAAUGUUUCAUGUACGCUGAUAACAGAUCGCACGACCCAGUGCUGAGAGCUGGUUAUGGUUAACAAGCAUUAGAUGAAAAGGACAUUUCUUCUCCUUUUUUUUUUUUUUUUUUUAUUCUGACAUUACGUACAUUUUAGUGUGUUGAUAUUAAGCAGGAUUGGCAUACUGCACAUCUCAGAGGAAAAUGAGUGCACUGUGAAAUUAUUUGAAACCAAGACAAUAUAAUAUUUUCACAGGACUUGUGUGGAAGUCUUUCACUCAUAUUUUUUUCUUUCUUAUUUGGGAAAUCAGGCAAGAAAUUUUUGAAAGGAAUCAGCUUUUCAUUUUUUCUUUUUUUUUUAACUUAAGUACAAAUUCAAAACAUCUGUGAUUUAGCCAGACGGUAAAAUGCAGAACAUCUGCUUUGUGCUGUGUCUGCUAAGACCUUACAGCCUCGGGGCACUUGUCUUUUGCUUCCAUUUUAUAUCAUCUGCUGCAUUUUCUUCUUGUUUGAAUGUCCGGGUUAGUGUGCUACGUUUAAACGAAUGCUAUUUAUUUGUCUUGUGAAAGCUCCUUGUGCAGAGAUGGCAUGUGUGUGUAACGUUAUCCGAGGGACGUUGAUGGGCAGUUUCACUGCUGGACUUUCUUUUAAUGCCACUUCAAGACAAUGCUGCCAACUUUAAUUACAGAAUGAAUGUGAAAAACAAGAAAAAAAUGGAGAAUAUUUCUGUACUGAGAGAUAACCAACAAAUAAAUGACCAUAUCUUGUA